CAUUUCCUUUUCAGAAACCUCUCCUCUUCUUCUAAAUUUAUCUCCGCUAAGCCACCCGAACCUAGAUUUUUGAGGAAAACUCCAUUUUUGGAGCAGAGAACUUCUGCUCGAUCCCCAUCAAGAUCGAUCUCUCCUUAAUUUCUGAGAGAUCUCCAAAGAAAAGCUGCUUGUUCAAGUUUAGAAACCCUAGAAACCAAUACAAAUGGCUUCUUUUGGUAUUAAUGAUGGCCCAAAUAAUGCGGUAAAAUUCUAUUACUCGAAAAGGAAGGAUUCUAAAGAACUGAGGAGGUCGGCUUUGAGCAGGCAACCGCUGUGCUCUGCCCCCGCACAACCUCCACCCUGCAGCAACGAUGAUGAAUUGGAGAUUGGCGCCUUCUACGAGAUUGAUCACCAAAAGCUUCCGCCAAAAUCUCCGAUUCAUCUAAAAGCUGUUCGCAUUGUUAAGGUAGGUGAGACGUCGAAGCUAGACGUCACCGUUGCCUUCCCGAGCACUUACUCGCUCCGAAACUACUUCUCGUUCAUCGCCGUUAACCCCGCCAGUGACCAGAUCCCGGAGCUCGACGAGAUGUUUGUGAUGAGCACAAACCACGCCGGAAAAAUCCUCCGGCGAAAAGUACCCGCUUCACAAAUGGAGGAAGACAAGCACCUCCAGAGCUUCUGGCUCGUUUCGCCCUUCGCGCUGCCUAAAAAUGCAGCCCCAAGAGUAGAAGAAGAAUCCAGCGAGCGCAAAAUAGCACCAAAAUCCUUUGGUGAGCUGCAGUCCGCUCUCAGAGAUUCAGGGAAUCUCGAAUGGGGCAUUCGUCGAAGGGUGAGGUACAUUGGACGGUACCAGAGCCAGGUCCAACCUCCAUCUCCCAAAAGGGAAGAUAGUGAUGAUAAGAACGAAACCAUGGAGGAGGUUAAAACCGUGAUGUUUACGAGGAAACGAGCACGGGAUCAAGCGAGAAAGAAGAACAAGAAGAAGAUCCAAACUGAAAAACCCAUCGAGAGAAAAGAUCCAAGGAAGAAGAGAAAGAAACCCAAGUACGAGAAUAGAGAAAAGACCAAGCGUGAAGCAAAAGUGAGCACUAGAACUAGACCAUCAAAGGAGAGGUGGUCCAAGGAGAGGUACGAGUCAGCAGAGCUGAAGCUUCUAGAUAUAAUGAGAGCAAAGGGAGCCCUGCUCGGCAACCCGAUAAUGCGGCAGGCGUUGAGGGACGAGGCGAGAAAGCACAUUGGGGACACUGGGUUGCUUGAUCAUUUGCUGAAGCAUAUGGCUGGAAAAGUGGUGAACGACAGGAGUGAGAGGUUCAGGAGAAGGCACAAUGCUGAUGGAGCUAUGGAGUAUUGGCUGGAGCCCGCGGAUCUCGACGAGGUUCGAAAGAAAGCUGGGGUCUUGGAUCCUUACUGGUUGCCCCCGCCAGGGUGGAAGCCUGGGGAUGCUUGCGGAUCUGGUGCUUGUAGUUGUGGUAGUGAAUGCCAGAAGGAGAUUAGCGAGUUGAGGGAGGAGAUUAGCGUGAUUAAGAGGGAUAUGGAUGAACUGAUCGCCGUGAAGCAGUUGGAAGAGGAGGGCAAGGAUGAGCAGCAGUCUAAGGCUGCUAGCUGCGACAUUUUGCAGGAGAACUACGACAAUUUGCUGGAAAAGAACAAAAAGCUAGAGGGUGAGCUGGCAGGGUUGAUUAGUACUCUGAAGGGAGUUAAGGAGGAAAUGCAGCUGCUGAGGCAGGAGAAGGCUAAGAAAGAGGAGGAGGAAGAGAAAAAGAAGGCAACAGAAGCACAGAUGAACUCUGCUGAAGAUGCUAAUGGAGGAAUUAGUAGUUGCGGUAACAAUGGCAGCGAAGGGAAGAAAAAGGGAGUAAUCAGAAGGAGUGGGUUCAGAAUAUGUAAGCCACAGGGAACCUUCCUCUGGCCCAACAUGGCCCCCGACAACAACAACAGCAGCAACGACAAGUUCAACACUGGCAGCCCCUCAGCAAUCCUUAGCCUGAUCAGCAACACCACAACCACCGAGCACUCUCGACGAGCGCUUCUGCCUGCCGACUGCCGGCGGUGUCAAGAUAGCCAUCUUCCUGGCUACAACGGAGUACCAGCGAGCAGCAGCAAUAGCAUGAUGUCGGGCGGUUGCUGCAGUACAGGGAUACCUACCCCUCCCUCGUGCUCCUCCUCAGCCACGUCGGCGCCCAGGCUGCUCGUCCUCCCAUCGCCCACCACCCCCAAGUCAUCCACUUCGUCAUCCCCAGCUCCUCCUCUCAGCCAGCAUGUGCCACGUGCACAGGCUGCGGGAGCUGUGGUGGUCCCAUCGCUAGCCACCUUUCAGGCCCAACAACAGGACAAAUUGCUGCACCAGGUUAACAAGAAGAGCGAGAGCGCGGCAGCAGCAGUUGCCACUGAUCUUGUCCUGGCCGCUCCUACCCCUUCUUAUAAUUACCUUUGAAUAAAAGAAUCGAAGUCCUUAAUCUUGUUUCAGUUGUGCCCCCGCGCGUAUGCAGUUAGUACUUGGGUAUAAAGCUAGAUAUAGGCGUCGUAAUAGCGGGCGCGCACUUGCGUUUUGUCAAGAUCUUUUGUUGAACUUGUUUUUUUAGCUCCCAGCUCAGAUAGUUACUGCAAGAAUAAAGUUUACUAUUGGGAAUGUUAACUGUUUGUUUGUAUAUAAUUAGCUUGGCGAUGCCAGCAACGUUUCCCUUACUAAUUUUCUGAUUCA